GCAGCAAUCAUCAUUUAUGAUAUUGUAAUACAAUGAUCCUCUACUAGUACGGAAAAUAUACAGGAAUAUGGAAUCAAAUCAGGAAUUGACUCAAUUAGGAGUCUUCACUGUUGAUCAAGCUAGUUUGGAGCGCGAUGUGACAAAUUCAGCAGAUCAAUAUAUCGCUAGUGAGACGAGAGAGAUUGAAAAAAAAAGGUUAGAAAAGGUGCAGAAGGAGAUUGAUACCGUACAACAAAAGACUCGUCAAUUGGAAGCGCGAAUUGAUAGUCGUUUGACGCAAAUUAGCGUGAAAGGAAAUCUUCGAAAGCAACUGGAUAAAUUUCGUGCAACGCUUCAGAACUUAAAAUCUGAUGAGAAUGAUAUAAAAUUACGUAUGGAAGGUGUUGGAGAGGGUCAGCAAACUGCGUUUACUGAUCCUCAUGCUAAUGAAGAAGUCGAGCGCCAAGAAUUGAUUCGUACAGGUAAAAUUACACCUUUCGGAAAUUUUUCGGGAAUUGAGAAACGUUCGGACUUUCAUGACUACCAACCAAGUAAUCAAGUGAUACCCGAGAAACAUGAAUUUGCUGGUGACACGAAUAUCAAGGGCACUAGUGUUGAGCAAACCGAAGAGCAUGAUGAUUAUGUGCCAAAGCAAGAAGAAGAAGAAGAUUAUGCGCAAGUCGAGAAUGUGACUGAACAAACGGCUACUUCAACUGUAGACGAUGGUGAUGAUUUAGUGUAUCGUAAGCGUUUACAUUCCUGGUGUACCGAGCGCAAUCUAUUACGCGAAAAAACGAAACGAGUAAAACAAGAAGAAUCCGAGACGUCUAAUGAACAAAAUUCUACCAAUCAAUCUUCAUUAAGCGUAGAUACGGAAGAAUGGUUUAGACCACAUCCUACCAAACGCGGCCAAACUUUUGAAGGCGGUUUCACCGUGCCUGGUGACAUUCGACCUCACCUUUUUCGAUAUCAAGUUACAUGUGUACAGUGGUUAUGGGAACUUUACAGCCAAGAAGCAGGUGGUAUCAUAGGUGACGAAAUGGGAUUAGGAAAAACAAUACAAAUUGUAUCUUUUCUUUCUUCACUUCACCAUUCAAGGAUGUACGAAAAGCCAGCGUUGAUUGUUUGUCCGGCUACCUUAAUGAAACAAUGGGUAAAUGAGUUCCAUCAAUGGUGGGGUCCUUUACGUGUUGUUGUUUUGCAUGCUACAGGUAGUGGUGCUCUUGCUACCCGAGAAAAGAGACAAUAUCGAUCUCUGGAGGAAGAGGAUACUGUAGAGGAAGCUGCUAAUGUGAACCCAAAUGCUUCUAAAUCAUUUCACAGUUAUGCCAAAGCUUUGGUAGAUAGCGUGUUUACUGAAGGACAUGUAUUGAUUACAACAUAUGCUGGGUUACGUCUUUACAGCGAUUUAUUAUUACCAAGAGAAUGGGGUUAUUGCGUUUUAGAUGAGGGACAUAAGAUUCGGAAUCCAGAUUCUGAAAUGUCUGUAAAUUGUAAGCAAGUAAGAACCCCCCAUCGAAUUAUUUUAUCAGGUACCCCUAUUCAAAAUAAUUUAAUUGAACUGUGGAACUUAUUUGAUUUUGUUUUUCCCGGUCGCUUAGGAACGCUGCCUGUUUUCCAAAAUCAAUUCGCUCUUCCUAUCAAUAUUGGUGGGUAUGCAAAUGCAUCAAACGUUCAAGUACAAACUGCUUACAAGUGUGCCUGUAUGCUUCGCGACUUAAUAUCUCCAUACUUGUUACGAAGGAUGAAGCUAGAUGUAGCGGCAGACCUGCCAAAAAAAUCCGAACAAGUUUUGUUUUGCAAGCUGACUCCUCUUCAACGUAAAGCCUACCAGGAUUUCUUGAAUGGUUCGGAUAUGCAAAAAAUUUUAAAUGGCAAGCGUCAAAUGCUUUAUGGAAUUGAUAUUUUGAGGAAAAUAUGUAAUCAUCCAGAUUUGGUUGUUCGUGAAUUUUUAUCUCAAAAGAAGGACUAUCAUUAUGGAGAUCCUAAAAAGUCUGGAAAAUUGGAAGUUGUGAAUUCUCUGUUACAGCUUUGGAAGAAGCAAAAGCACCGUACAUUACUUUUUUCCCAGACACGACAAAUGCUUGAUAUUUUGGAGAACAGCAUCAAAGGUAUUCCUGAAAUUCGUUACUGCCGUAUGGAUGGAGGGACAUCAAUUGGUCUUCGACAAGGUUUAGUUGAUAAUUUCAACAAAAACGACAUUUAUGAUGUAUUUUUAUUGACAACUCGCGUUGGCGGGUUGGGUAUUAAUUUAACUGGAGCAGAUCGUGUCAUAUUAUUCGACCCAGACUGGAAUCCAUCAACGGAUGCCCAGGCUCGUGAACGAGCUUGGAGAUUGGGACAAAAAAAAGAUGUUGUGGUCUACCGUUUAAUGACUGCUGGAACAAUUGAAGAAAAGAUAUAUCAUCGUCAAAUUUUCAAACAAUUUUUGACAAAUAAGAUUUUGAAAGAUCCAAAGCAGCGACGAUUCUUUAAGAUGACCGAUCUGCAUGAUUUAUUUUCAUUAGGCAACGAUAAGGAAGAAGGUACAGAGACUGGUAACAUGUUUUUGGGAGCUGAACGAGUCUUCAAAAAGCAACCUUCAAGUCAUGAUGAAGAAAAAAGCAAAAAGCAGAGAUCUCGAGAGGAUGUUGAGGGAAAUCCUCAAAAGGACAAGAAUCGAAAGGUUUUUGAUAAAAUUGGGAUUGCUUCUAUAGAAAAGUUUAAACCACCAGAAGAUAGCGGCGUCACAAAGCCUACUUCUUCUAAAAAUACACAUGGCGAUGAAUCCGUGCUAGAUGAUAUCUUUGCAAGCGCCGGAAUUCAAAGCACGUUAAAGCAUGACGAAAUUAUGGAGGCUUCUCAACCCGAGACUUUACUUGUAGAGAAAGAAGCUUCAAAGGUGGCUAAUGAUGCUUUGCGUGCCGUUGCAAAUUCUCGACGACAACAACUUUCUGCUAAUCGGAAUAGAGCUGCUCCUCCCUCCAUGAACAGUUCUCGCCAAAAUUCGGCUUCUACUAGUUCCAAGGCUUCCGGACCAGUUAAUUCUAGUACCUUGCUGGCGCGACUCAAGCAAAGACGUUAAAUUACAGAUGUUCACCGCUUUAAUUUUGAAUUGUUUUUUUGUUUUUUAUUCUUUAGUUUUUGACUAUCUGUCUUAACGUCUGAAAAUCUGGUAAGGAUCUCUGAAGCACAGUUUUCAAUCAGAGAAAACUUUCGAAAGAAUAUUUUUACUUAGGCAACCGAAAUGAUAACUCUUAUUUAUUUUUCUAAAAAAAAUUCAACGAAUGGCUAUAUGUUUGUUUCCUUUUUGUUUUUUGUCUGAUUCAUUUUACGUUCGUUUUUAUUUAAUCUAUUUUCAUUGUCAUGGCAAUAAUGGCGAGUUUUGUUCCAUGUAUUGCUUCAUACACAAUUUAAAACUAUAUAUAUGUUGAAAUACUAAUACAAAUACGUGUCCUUGGAUAGCUAAGCUUUUCUUUCUUAGAGAACAUUAAGUCUGCUUGUUAGUGUAAACAAGUCUUUCUGCGAUGGCUUUUCUAGAAUACGAGGUAGCAUCUAUAGUGCUACUAUUGGGGGUAUUUUUUUUUUUUUUUUUUUUUUUCCUUUUUCUUUCUCCAAACAUGCUUUAUCUACCUAGUCGAAUGCAAUAUCAUUGUUCGUAUAAAUUUCUGUAUCCAAGCUUUC